AAUAGCACAAGUCAGAGUUACAACAUGUUUUAAUUUUGGAUGCAAUUUAAAUUAUAAAUUAGAACUAAAAAAUAAAUUAUUUUCAAAUGUUAUACAUUUUACCUACGUAUGUGAUUUUUCUCUUAUAGUUUGUAUUAUUGAACAUUUUUGUCCUUAAUAACAAUAAUAUGCUCAGUGCAUAUGUAGUAAACAAUCGUUAAAGAAAAAUAAAAAAGUAAAGGAGUUAGUGCACACCUACUGUUGAAUUACCACAAUAUAAUUAAGCAAAAAACAAAAAAAUUAUAUCAAGAUGGAUAAGACCAGCAUUAAGCAACAAUUAAAACGUGCAAAAGAAGAAUUUAUAAAGAAAGACUUUUUUGAAGCGUCCAAACUUUGCAAAGCCUUGUUGACAGCUGAACCUAACAAUAUAUCAGGUCUUAUUCUGUACGGCGCUACACUGCUAGAAAUUCCAUCUAAAAAGGAUGAAUCCAUACAAUAUUUUCAAAAAGUAAUUGACAUCAAUCCCAAUAAUAUAUUUGCAUGGCAAGGGGUUGAACAAUACUAUGAAAAAUGCGACAGACAAACAGUAUGUCCUCAACUAUUUUUCACUUACGCAAACCUAUUGUGUUUGGAGUCUGAUGAAAAUAAAUGUAAAACAAGAGCUAAAAAAGCUAUAGAGCUUUGGAAAAAUUAUAAAACUAAAUUAGAUGUUGGGCUUUUUGUAAGUACUGUAUUACCAAAAGUGGAAACCGAAGAGACAACACCACAAGUUUUAGCUAUUAGCAGAGUUCUUGCAGAGUUCCCCUUCACGGAAGAAACUGUAUCUUUAGACAAUCAUCUAGAAAAAAUUUAUUUGGCCUUGUGUGAGGAUAACAGUUAUGAUGACAGAUUUGAAAUAUAUUGCAAACUUAUUCCUGUAUUAAAAUCAAAAGGAAAAAGGCAAGAAAUUGUUGACAUAUGUGAAAAAAUGCUUUCACUGUAUAAUAAUAACGCAACUGCUAUUAAUUUUUACUGUGAAUCUUUUAUUAGUAAUUACAUUAAAUCAAUAACAGAUUUCGAAGAGAGUUUAAUACAAAUUGUUGACAAAAUGAGUACAAAUAUUAUGGAAAGAUGCGACAUAUUAUUAUCGUCUCAGCCAACUAAUCCUAAUUCGUUAAUAGCCAAAAGUAUUGCUUUAAGAAGACAAAAUAACUUUGAGGAUAGCCGUAAAUUAUUACAAAAAGUAUUGCAAGUCAAGGUUAGUUCUUGGCAGUCAUGGUUUAUACUCACUGAAAUUCAACUUAAUAUACAUUAUUAUGAAGAUGUUAUUCGGUGUGUUCAUCAAGCGAAAAAAAUUAUAAAACCUACUUUUUCUUGUUAUCAAACAAUGGUUCUUUGGGAAAUUGAAGCGUAUUGCUCUUGUUCCAAACAUUAUCUUCAAGGCCGCCAGUUAGCCAUUGAGAUUCUUUCUCAAAAUAUGUCGGAUGUGUUAAUUAGUUGUGUUAUUAUUGCUAGCUGUAAUUUGGGCGAUCAAAAAACUGCUAAAAACUAUUUAAAUACAUUGCAAAAUAAAUGUGGUAAUAACGAUAACUUUUUAUACUUGGAAGCAUUAUAUUUUAGUCAUUUUGAUCAGCUAGAUGACGCCUUAAAUUGUUUAAAAAAUAUUCAUAAACCUUCAGUUGAUACAAAGCUUUUACAUGGCAAUAUUUUAUGGAAACAGAAUAAAUUUUCUGAGGCUGGUAAAUUGUAUCUGGAAGCAUCUCGGAUCGCCCCAUAUCGAUGUGAUCUAAUCACAAAGCUAGGAAACUCUUAUAGACAAAUAAAACAGUUACCUACAGCCAUAGCUUGCUAUGAAAAAUCAAUAAUGUUGAAUCCUGACAAUGAAGAAACUGGAAUUGCAUUAUCGGAUCUCUAUUUAACUUUGUCAAAAACUGAAGAACAAGAAGUGCUAUUAAAUUUCUUAAAUAGAUCAAAUAACAUUAAAUGGUCAUCUUUGAGGUUAGGCUUGUAUUAUUUGAAAAUUAAAAAUUAUGAAAAAGCUGUAGACAAUUUUCAACUUGCUACUAAGUAUGAUCCGUACAAUGCAUCCUGUUAUGAAUGCCUUGGUGACGCUCUCUAUGCACGAAGAUCACUUAUAGGCGCAAAACUCACUUAUGCUAAAUGCUUGGAAAUAAAUCCUACUCUUUUAUAUCCAAAACUACAAAUUGCUAAAAUUGAAUACCUAAGUGGUCAAUUUGAUGCAAGUAUUCAACUUUAUUAUAACAUUAUAAAUGCACAUUCCUCCGAGUUCAGUGUUCUGUUGGAGGCUUCUAGAAUAUUUUUGACACACGCCAAGUGUAUAUUUGAUCAUCAAGUUAAUAGAAGUUAUGAAUUAUGUAAAAAUGUUUGUGAAUAUUUGCAUAAGGCAUUACAUAUAGAUAACCGGUUUGCAUUGUUGUGGAAAUUGUUUGGAGAUUUAUGUAUGUUAGUAGCAACUAUGCCCGAAGAGCUAUCGUCGUUAACAUUACCAUGGAAUAUAUUUGACAAAAGUCAAGAAAAUUAUGUUAUUAAUAAGUUACAGUUUUAUACCUAUUCUCGAAGAUGUUAUACUCAAGCAUUAAAUGUGACAACAAAAAGGACUUCAUUGAAUGCGGUCCAGAAAUACAUUUGGCAUGAUUUAGCCAAUUGUUAUUUAAAACAUGCAGAGAGUGCAGAGAUUGAUAAACAAGAGCGGUUAGAGUUCAAAUCUAAAGCGAAGCAAGCUAUUAAAAAAUGUUUGUCCUUAGAAAUAAAUAAUAAUGGUUUUUGGAAUACAAUGGGUCUAAUAGAAACUAUUGAUGAAUCAGAGAACGAGUACCUGAGUUAUAUUUGUUUUGUCAAGUCUUUAGAAAGCAAAGUAAAUGCAGUCGCAUAUAAUAAUUUGGCUGUAAAGUGUAUGCUCCACAACAAUGUAGAUCUUGCUCUAGAAGCUUGCAAUUUAAGCCAGUGCCUAGAUCCGACUUUGAUUAACAGUUGGAUUGUGCAAGGACUUCUUACACGUUAUGAAGAUCCUGAAAAAUCUUUGGAAAUAUUAUAUCAUUCUACCACUUUAGGUGUUCAUGAGGAAAGUAUCUGCAAUUUCACCGAAUUGAAUUUCAUAAGUAUUGACCCCAAUACUACGGUUCUAAAGCCAACUUAUAAAACUCUGCAUUGUAUAGAUGUGCUUACUUGGCUUACGUCUAAAAAUCCUAAACAUAGUUGGGGUCAUAAUGCACUAUCUAUUUUGUUUAGACAUUGCGGUCUUUACAGAAAUGCUGUUGAAGCCGCUAAAAAAGCUGAAAAAUGCUGUGAGCCCAAUAAUCUAAUAGGCAUUCAAAGAAAUCUGGCGUUCAGUCUUCUCAAGGCAGACUGUUUUCAAGAAGCCAUGUCAAUUUAUCAAGAGUUGGGUGCUAAGAAUACGUAUGAUAAGUGUUGUGUUGCACUUGCCCUGUAUAAGACUGAUCGAUAUCAAGAAGCAUAUACUAUUUAUGAGUCUGUGACUAAAAAUAUAACUGAUAAUGUAAUUGUAUCUUCUGCGUUUCAGGCUAUGGCCAUCAUAACUUUUGGUGCCGAGCAAGAUUACGAAAAAGCAAAAAUAUUGUUCUUGAAAAGCAUCCAAAAUAAUAAGUCAAACGUUCAAGCUCUGUUAGCCACAUUCGCCCUGGGUAUAGUGAUACGUGAUAUAAAUUUAUCAAAAAUUGUCUUGCGCGAGUUGUUUAUGUAUAAAGACGACCCUGUCUACAUGAAGGAUAUCAUUCGUUUCAUAGCAUAUUUCUAUUAUAUGAACCGUCAACCGGAAGUAUCUAUUCGAUUACUCAGCCGUUAUGUACACAGUCAUCCCGAGAACCCUCAUUUGUAUGUAAAUUUGGGCUAUAUUCUAAUGUGCCAUUAUAUGGCCAACGAGUACAGGUGUAAAAGAGGCCUGGUAGCUCACUUAUUUGAGUGUGCUGCAGUCAUCAGUAACAAACAAGGGGAUCUGGAUCAAGCGUUGGUUUUAACUAGUAUUUGUAAUUUGUUUGAAGGAGAUUUGAAAACAUGUCUAAAAAAUGUCUUGAAAGGAAUCCAUAUGUAUCCAAUGUCUUCUGAUCUGUGGACUGUCCUCUUAAACGCAAUUUAUUGUCGUGGCAACUUGGCUGACAGCUCAUUUUUAAAACAACACAUUACUUUUGUUAUUAACAGUUUACAACCAAGCGAGCAUCUAAAAGUUAACCUUUUGAAACUCGAAACUCAUAUUCCGUGAUCAUUUAUUGUUAUUGUACUUUUGUAGAUAAAUAACUAAAUUUAAUAUAUUGUAAUAUUGUAAUAGGCACUUAAGUUUUAUUGAAAUAACUAUUGAUUGAUAAUAUAAUUGUACAACAUAUA